AUGUCUGAGUCCACCGAAUAUCAGCAGAUAAAAUUAGCUCUACGAGACGCAAAAUGCGCGGCCUACGUCGAAGGAUUCAAGCCUCCGUAUAACUAUGUCCCAUCUCUAGGCGCUGGAGUGGCCUUUUGCGUCUUGUUUGGGCUUUCCUUAGCAAUCCACACAGCACAAUUUUCCUGGAAGAGGAAAUGGUCCUAUGUGCUAUUUUCCAUUGGUACCCUGGUUGAAAUACUGGGUUGGGCAGCCCGGACAUGGUCUGCACAUUGCCCCUACAAGAUGACUCCUUUCUUGAUGCAAACAUCGACUCUUAUUCUUGCUCCGACCUUUUUUACGGCUGGUAUAUACAUCAUUCUCGGGGAAUUCAUUCGCCUCCUUGGGCGUAAAUCUUCCAUCCUCAGUCCUACGCUAUACCUAUGUAUCUUCAGCACCUGUGAUGUCAUCUCACUCGUCAUACAGGCUGUUGGUGGUGGUAUGGCCUCUUCUGCAACCAACAAGAUCAACGGCAAUACUAAACCUGGCACGAACUUGAUGGUCGGCGGCAUUGUUUUCCAGAUGGCGUCAAUAACCGUCUUUGUCAUCUUCGCCAUCGAUUUUCUGGUUCGCGUGAUACGACUUGAUCUGUUGCGUACCUUGCAGGGCUCAGUAUUGCCGUUAUUCAGCGCCACUGCCUUUUCUGUACUGUGCAUCUAUGUCAGAAGCAUAUACCGAACGAUUGAAUUGUUGCAAGGCUGGUCCGGUCCUAUAAUUUCAACAGAGAGAUAUUUCAUUGUUCUGGAUGGCUGCAUGAUGAUCUUGGCUGUCGCCAUAUUCAAUGUGUUCCACCCCGCCUGGUUUCUACCACACCGAAAGGAGGUCGAUUUGACGAAUGGGGAAGCUGAUAAGGCAGACACGGUUCGUGUCUAUAUGAGCGAGGCGAAGACAGCAUAG